AUGUUGGGCUCUCCACGACGAUGGAUUCUCAUCGUCUCACCGCUCCUUACCUUUACCUUUCUCUACUACGUCUUCAACACGUAUGACGCAACACCGGCCGCCCCGAAAAACCAGGACCAAUGGGCUCAAAUGGAGGAGGAACACAUGAUUUUGGAGGGAACUCAAUCACCUGUGGAAUCGGUGACCCCGUCUACUAGCAGCACUGAUCAUGAGGAACGAUGCGAACACCUACGCCACGCUAUGGACGAUGUGAUGGUCAUUUUGAAAACCGGUGCAACGGAAUCUUUGGAAAAGGUGCCGAUACAGUUACGCACUGGCCUCCAAUGCGUCCCGCAUUUCGCAGUCUUCUCAGACUACGAAGAAGUCAUUCAUGGUGUGCGCACCUAUGAUGUCCUACAAAACGUCACCCAAGAGACCCUUGACAGAGAACCGGAAUUCGAGCUUUACAAACAUCUGCAGGCAGUCGGUCGCGACGGCUUGUCCAGCGAUGACUUAGGCGACGACUCCAAUGGCCCCUUUGGAAAACAGAACAAUCCCGGAUGGAAGUUGGACAAGUGGAAGUUUCUGCCUAUGACCGCUGGUGCGAUGGAACUCAUGCCAGAUGCGAAAUGGUAUAUCUUUAUUGAGGCUGAUACUUACGUUGUCUGGCAAAACAUGAUCAACUGGUUGCAGCACUUGGAUCACACUCGAAGUUAUUAUCUUGGUAGCCCGAUGCAAAUCGGUGAUACUCUUUUCGCAUAUGGUGGUUCAGGAGUCAUUUUAUCGAACAAGGCAAUGACUCGUUUGAACGCUCAUCGCGCUGAGGCUCAAGAGGAACUGGAGAAAAUGACCGCCAUUGAAUGGGCUGGUGAUUGUGUUCUGGCCAAAGCCCUUGAAGAGACAAAUAUUUUCUUGACGUGGGCUUGGCCUAUGAUGAUGACUUCUGGACCGUCGGAAGUCGACCAUUUCUCCGAAGCUUACGGCCGACAGCCCUGGUGUUUCCCAGUGAUUUCGUAUCAUCACAUGCUUCCUAGUGAUAUUGAAGACUUUUGGAGUUUUGACCGAGGCUGGUUCACAAGCGGCAAGAAUGCCCUUCUGUUGCACGCCGAUGUCUACCGCGAAUUCGUCCACGAUAAAAACCUUUCCGAACGUGAAGAUUGGGAUAAUCUCUCAGGAGCUGAGAUCGUUUUUGAGGAGCCCACCGUCCCUUCUGUUGACUCAUGCGCCGACGCUUGCAUGAUGAAUAAAGAAUGUCUGCAAUACUCGUUUAACCACGAUCAAAGUACAUGCAAGCAUGCCGCCACGACGCUCCAAGGUGUUGCCAGUAAUGGGACCUCCUCUGGUUGGAAUACUCGUCGUGUUCAAAAACUUCUCAAUACUUUCCAGUCAUCAUGUCCUGAAGUCCAGUACAUCUUUGACUAA